UUUCUUUUAUGAUACUUGAUGCAAAACGAAACACGUAAAUAUUUUCCCAUGUCUAUAAAUACAUUAUUCAGUAAGAAGAUUAACCUUUCAGUCGAUAAACAACGGACUGUGGAGAACAAGUAUUCAUUAAUAAUGAAAGACGAUAUGUUGUUUAUAAGUGACUUGUAAACACGGAAGUAAAAUAAACAACUAGUCAGGGCAUAUACAUAAUGCCGAGGAAAAACCGAAAGACCAGACAUGGAGAUGGUGGCGAAACAGGGACAAGUGAUGUGAUGUUAGAAACUUUAGAAAAUCAGGUGUCUGAGACUAAAGACAUAAUGUCAAACAAUAUUAUAAAGAUGCACGAGAGGGAGGGUAAAUUAGAGGAUCUGGAAUCUAGAGCUGGAAUUCUGUCAGAACAGACGACUGCCGAAUUUAAAAAGCUUGCAGUAAAAACUCGACAGAAGGCUAAGAAGAAGUCUAAAAGACUGACUUAUAUUCUCGUUGGCGUUAUAGUAACUGCAGUAGCACUUAUAAUCUUAAUACUUGUUUUGUAUGGAACCGGUGCUUUAGGUGACAGCUAAUGUGAUAAGAAUUGAAGCAUAAUUUUUGAUUCAUCUAAUUAUUUUGAAAACAUAUAAUAUUUUGCACAAACAUGUCUAUAGGGCAAAUACGUGAAUGAAAAUAAACAAAUUGGGUCCACCUGUCCAAAAAAAAAAUAUCAUAAUUUCAUAACUCAUUUGGUUUUAAAAAUCACAAAUUUUCACAAAAAUAUUUUAAUUUGAGUGCAAUUGCAUUUAAUCAGUUACAGGCAACACAUUUUGGUGAGCAAUUUUAUAGUUUUCGUACAGUGAAUUAAUAUCCUUUUUGGGAUACUGUAAAACAAUUUUUUUAUAAAAUGCAGAUAUUGCGACUGGAUGAGAAUUGCAAUAAUAAGAAUACGCAUUUUUAUGUCUGACUCAUAUAUAUGUAUGUAAAUUUUUAAGAAAUCGAAAUAAUCCAUUUGCAUUUUUGUCCAUUCUUCAAAUUUGCAUUCAUAAAUGAAUGCAUUAAUUUCUAAAUUCAAAUUUUAAGAACCUAUAGAAAGAAGUUUAACUUAUUACAAAUUAUUUGGGCGAGUGGUACCAACUUGUUAUUUUUCGUAUUGAUAAUUCGUGGGAUCAACGUAAAUACUCAAUAUAACUCGAUUAUACUGCCAAUGUUCUAGUCAAAUUCAUUUCUCUCGCAUCGUCGUUCAUUUUAUAUCAUUUGCAUAAACGCAUUCAUAAAGACAUUUUUUUUCCAUUUCCA